GAGAAAGGCACAAUCAAUCUGCAACGCAGUGACAUAUCAAUACAUGUAAUGUGUCCAGACGAAUUGGAUGUGACGAACAAAUGUACGCCAUUUAAUUAUAAUACGUAUGAAGGAACACAUUUCGAUAACUAUGAACCUCAAGUACAAUAUGAUUGUUUUAAUCAAAAAUUUGAAAAAACCGUUGAAGACAACCGCUUUACUUGUAUUGAUGAAAGAUUUAAUGAUGUAAAUAACCAAUUUAGUACAGGCAAUGCUUAUGAAAAUCAUGUUAAUUUAACUGACGACAAUAGAGGCAGUAAAGAACAAUAUUUUUGCAAUCUAAGAUUAAACGAUUGUAAUGUAUUUCAAAAAGAGAAUACGUGUAGCUAUUUUGAGGAGCAAAGAUUUAGUUUAUUAAACGAAAAUGCAAGGCCCAUUGAUAACUUUGAAAACCAAGGUUUCCAGUACGAUUAUGUGUCAAAUAAUGAUUAUUGUGAAAAGGAUGAUAGCUUUAAUAAUAGACAAUAUAAUUACGAAAAUAGAACGAAUGAAAGUGAUGUUAUUAAAGUAGCAGAUGUUGUAAAUGAACAAGCUCUAAUUAAUAUUGUUGAAGUGAGUAAAACUAAUGAACAUUUUGAUGAACAGAGUCCAGAAACAGAAAACAAAAGACCUGAUAACGAUACUGUUGAUUUAAUUGAUAAUGUUGAUGAUCAGAAUACCAAAAAUGAAUCAUUUAAUGAUGGCAGUGAUUCUGUUAUAGACUUAAAAGACAAUUGUAAUGAAAUAAUUAACGCAAAUGAUAUUUGUGAUGAUGAUGUUAAAAGUAAUACCGAAAAUUGUGAAUUACUCGAAGCUAAUUCGAAUGAGAGUGGCAAAGUUAAAAUUGACAGGGAUGAUAAAAAAGUUAAAUCUAAGAAGAAGGGCUUUAAGAGAAUAGUUUUGAGUAUUGAAGAGCAGAAACGUGAUUUGGAACAUUCUAGAAAGAGUAAAAAGUAUGUCGAUGCAGAGUUUAAAUGCUACAGUUGUGCACUGGGAUUCCUUUUCAAGGAUACUUACCAGGCUCAUAUGAUGAGGCAUGAAGAGUCAAACGGCGAGUAUCGCUGUGAGAUUUGCACACUGCGAUUUUCGACGCACAGCCUUCUGAAAAUUCACAAAGCGUCACAUACGGAGUUAUACGUAUGUCUCAAGUGUGGCUUGUCGUUAAAACCCCGUGCGAAAAGGAGUCAUGACUGCGAAAACACAAAUGUGAAAGAAACCGUGGCUUGUCACCAGUGCGGCAAUCUGUUUAAGUAA